UCGUCCGGGGAAGAAUCAUCGUCACGAGCAUCAAAAGAGGAGACUGGCAGGAAGAAAAUUGCAGGACUCAUGGACCGUCGUGCACAGGAGGACGAAGACGACGAAGCUGAGAUGGCUGCAAGGGAGGAAGAGGUCGAUGGUGGAAAUGCAGAGGACGGCGGUGGUGGCGGAGAUAUCGAUGAUGAUUGUGAUGCUGUGAUGAUAGAUGAACCGGCAAGGAAAACGCAACGUGAGAAGAGAAAUGAGCGUGCCGGAUCAGUUCUUGCAGCUAUUGAUACCCACCGGAAUGUGGUGUCUUCUGUCCGUACUCCGGCGAAAGAGUCUGCCACUUCACUGCCGAAGCGGAACCCUCCCAAGACCACCAAAGACGCGGGUUUGGAUGCCAACUGGCGCGAGAAGAUCGCAGGACUUGCAACGAAGUCUAGCCCUGCUCCUUCCGUUACCUCAUCGGAGGCUCGUCCUAGGAAGAACUCGGCCAAAACCAAGGCCAAUAAUCGCGUCGGCAAUGCGAACCAUGCGAACGUGACUCCGGGACGCACGACAGCCCAGUCUCGUCAACGGAAGGGUGGGAAUGAGAGCCGUCAAAGCGCAGUACAGGAGAAAGGACUCACGGAUAAGGAUGUUGAAACACGGAGGGAUGAGGUCGUAAGGUUGCAAAAGACGCAACAGCAGUACGUUGCAAUCGAAUCAGAGGACGUACCAUCUGCCAAACCAAAGUCUCGCAUUCGCCGCCCUCCGUCUGCAAUCCCGCCAGAGAAGUCAAAAUCUGCCGACAACCUCCCUGACUUCCUGCGUGAUGUUUGGGACGAGACUAUACUGCCCUCGCUUAAGGAGAAGUAUGGGGCUGCAACGAAGUUGUGGGACAUUGAACAUGGGGCUCUCACCUUGCGCGACGAACUGCAGAACCUCAUCGACCAGUUGUGCCCUCAUGCCGAGUACGAGGUUGCCGCAAGCACGAAAGACUUGGUAUAUGAAGUCACUCGUUCGCGUCUAUUCCACUGGCGGAAGCUAUUCAUGAUCACAGCAAAGAAACUUGUGGAUCCAGUUUUACGGAGCUUGCCGAAUGUCGUCGCCCGUAAACGCUAUGUUUCGGAUGCACUCAAGUAUGGUGGUGUUGCGUAUUUCGAUACACCCGAUGGAGAGCCCGGGCAUUCUCGAUUCGUCCUGGAGACUUUUGCAACCCAUUUGAACGGUAUCAAGGGCUCAGUUGUUGCUUCAAGCUGUGGCCGGCCAUACUCCGCUCUGGCGCUCACGUUUGCUGCUGUGCAACGCGCGUUCAUGUCUUGGGAGACAGGUGUCGAUGCUGGCACACCGGACUGGUCUGGCGAGAGCAUGAAGCCGCUGAUCGAGAGUACAUGGCGAACUAACAUCGCAAACUACAUCUCCCAACCUGGUGCGUUUGAUCGCAUCAUCGCUGGCGCAGUGGACACCUUGGAGGCCGGCCUAGGCAAGAAACGCGGCACACACCACAAGAUGCGCCAUGAUCCGAAAAACGAAGCGAUCUCCCUCUUUCAGCCUACAGUUCCAGCAGCACGCGACAACUCGGAAUCCUUCCAGUCGGACAUCACCGGCCAGAAUAGUGAGUACGAAGUGGACAAUGAUGAAUACGGCACAGACGGCACCGGAAGAGACGAGACAGCUGAUGGUCUCACCGAGUCGAGCGAGGGUGGCAUGCUACUUACUGGCACGGAGGACUCGGAACAGGUCUAUUAUGAAUACGAGCAGGAGCCUGAGGGUAUGGAUAUGGAGGAGGGCAACUGGGAUGAAGAUGGUGCAGAUGAGGAGGACAACUUCUGGAAUGGUGAGGACUGAUUCCAGGGUGUCGAUGCGGUUAUGAGGCAGCAGAGGUGGCCGCGGUGCGAUGUGGAUCCGGUAGAGCGAUAGCAUGAGGUGGGCAACGGACAGAGUCUAUUCGAUGUGCUCCGGGCCAAUACGUAUGCAUUGUUCGUACACUACAGCAUCUUUAAUCCAGAUUGCUACCUAUUUU